GCUUGGCGUUGGAGGAGCGUUGUCCACGAUAUGAUGUAGAAUUUUUGGUGACGGAAAAAAGAUGUUGGCCGCAGUGGGUUUCGAACCUGUGGUCCUCAGGUGUAUGAGUCUCGAGCGCUACCACUGCGCUGUGCGGGCCACGGUACUUUUUCGUGUAUGUUUCUAGGUAUUAGUUAUGUGAGCGGGGGACCGCCACAUAUUGUUUCACAAAUUUUUGAGAAUUUCUUGUGGAAACUUAUACACGAAUUAAGAGACAAAACCUCAUGCUUAAGUGGAUUAAAGAGUUAAAAGCAAUUUAAUAGAAAGAAAAACGAGAUAAGGGAAGAUAGAGGAUCUGUGCUGUAGCUUAAGAGAGGUUGAAAGCACUUUCGUAAUUGGUGUUCUUGCCCGAGAACUCCAAUUAAAAAAAAAAGGGAGGGAGGGCACUAUAGACUUCCUACCCAGCAUAAAAAAAAUAAAUAAGUCACAUAUUUGAAAUAUGAAGGCUGAAGAUACUAUAUAACAAUGUAAGAAAAGAAUCUUGGAAUUUUUUAUUGUGCAAAGUGUUCAAAAAAUAACUAUUUAUUGUUUAGAUAUAUUGCUUCUAAUCUUAUCAAUAAAAUAUGGCUUAUCCAUCAUGCAAUUUAGUGGAGUCAAUCAUCGACGAGGUUGCUUUGGAAGGAUUGGAUGGCAUCACUUUACAAGGUUAUUAUUUAAUUCAUUGUUAUCCAAACGUUCCGCCAGAUAUUUAUCCUCAUUGUCCUAUUCAAGAUCUUAAGACAGGUGUGAGGGGAUCUUGUUCUACAUAUUACACAAGAAAGGAUAUCAAAGAUGAUACAAAGGAUGCAAGUUUGGACGAAGUAACGGAAAAGUAUGGUCUAAGUCUGGUUAUUGUAGCCUCUCAGCCAGUCAGAACACAAGCUUUAAUGAGUGCCAAUGUCAGUCCAACAUUGGAACUGACAAUUAUGCAUUAUUGCUUCUUGGAGAGAGUAGGCAGAGCUCGCUAUCAUGGCGAAGUUACUCAAGGCAAACUCAGCUUGGCUGCGCUCAAAGAGGAUCCAAAGACUUUGUUUUAUCAUCGAAAAUUUUUGCUCCAGCAUAAGUUAAUUACAAAACAGGUCCACCAUCAGAAGAGUGCCGGCCAUUGCGGCAGUGGCAGUCUCUUGCAUCUGACGCGUUUCUACGUAGAACGAAAACCAAAGAUGCUGUACCUGGCGGAACAGGUAAUCGAUAUUUUGCGAUCCAAGGAAAACGGCGUAGCUGAAUAUGAUGAAAUCAAGAAAAAGCUUGGAAUCGAGAAUUCUAUCAAAAAAUUAUUUAAAACUUCCUUCUUUCAAAAAAUCGUGAAGACGGAUAUCUGCGUGCCAUAUAGAACUUUGUAUCCUAACGCAGAACCAAACGAGUGGCGACAAAAACAGGAUCCAUCGAAGGAGAAAAAAAUUAGGGUUGUACAGGUGUUGUAUCCGGAUGUCGAUAUUGCUGAUAUAUGGAAUAAAGAUGAGAAGGAAGACGAUGAAUAUAUCGAUGAAAUAGAUACUUCUAAUCAUAAAUUGAACGUUCCUUAUUUGAAGCAAGCAAACAAUAUUGUUGAAGCUAAUCAAGUAGAAGGUGUAUCUCAAGCUAAAUUGGGAAAGGAUAUGGGUUUGACCAAACUACAAGCUAGAUCAUUUCUGAGGAAUUUGGUAAAGGCGCGUAUUACUGCAACAUACAUGAAUGACAUGGGUCGGCAGAGAAUCACAAAAUAUGUAUCGAAGAAAUUCGAAAAAAAUAGUAAGAUGAGUAAGCAAUUUAAUAAAGAAAUGCAUCGAAUUAAAGAGCUUACUAAAACAAUAACCAAUAAAAACGAAGAAAAUCUGAAGAACGAAACGAUUUCACAAGCAGAAAAUCAGAAACAUUCUAUGGAACACGAAAACGAUCAGAUAAAUAAAAAAUCUUGUUCGGAUCAUUACGUUGAUAAAACUGAUAUUGAUGCACUGGUUAUCGAUGAAAAUAAAGAUGAAGAAAAAGAUAAAUUUAUAGACGCAAAUUGUGCUAGAAAGAAAACAGAAUUGAAGAAUUUGUUUUACAUUGUCAACAGAAUUUUGCAUAAGUAUCAAUUAUUAAAAUUUCGAUCUAAAUACAAGUGCACUACAUCGCGGUUUUCAUUAACUAAGAUAAAGAAUUCUGAUACUAACGUAAAAGAGCAACAUGUGAAACCUAACGAUUCAUUAACAUCUAUGGAACAAAUUGCUAAUGAUGCCAAAGCCACAUCAUUUUAUAAUAAUAUAAAAACAAAUUUGAUAAUGCAAAAGCCUGUUUGUACUGGAAAAGUUAGCGAAGUCUUUGGUUUUAUGGAAGUUUUUCAAAACAAGAAGAGAAAUAACUCGUCUAAUAUUACAUAUAGAUUGCUGAGACGUGCCAACAUGAUAAUCGAGGCAGUGAAAGAACACCAAGUGAUCGACGAUACAGCGAAACUCAUGAAGAUGAUCUGCGAAGAGGAAGACAAAGAGGGUUACGAUGUAAAAAUCGACAAAAAAUCUCUCAUCAGACUGCUGCAAAAACUCGCCAAGGAUAAUCUGGUGAAGAAUAUUAAGUUGACUUUAAGCGCAAACGGUCGCGAAAAAAACUUGACUUUUAUUUGCGAUCCUAACAUUGAUACCGAUCAUACCGUGAUUAAGUCAGCCGUCGAGCAGGCGAAAGUCAAAUUUUGUUUGUUAGCGUCUCAGAGGGGGAAAAUGCUUAUGAAGAAAAUGACGGAUAAGCAAGACAAGCUGUUGGAUUCUAAGGAACAAUUGCAAGAGCUAAACAAGACGGCAGCUACAUUACCCUCCGGAAACUGCAAGUACGAUCCCAAAGCUGGCAAAUAUUAUGGUCUCUGUCCGAAAUUUAUUAGAAUGCGAACGAUGCACAUUCUGCUUUUCUAUUUGGUCUACGAUCAUCCUGGCAAUCCAAGUGAAUCUCAGGAAAAGCAAAUAGAGAUUCUCAGGUCUAAUGGUUACGAAAUUGAUGACGAUCUCAUUCAGGAAUUUAGCACUAUUUAUUGUACUGAAAUAAAUUGGAAGAUGUUCGUUCCACCCUUGCCCAAACAUAACGGAUGGCCUGAGGGUUGGGCAUUGAUGUGUGACGUUCUUUUAGGGAUGCCCCUGUCAAUUUUUGCCAAAGUACAUAACAUCAAUUUUAUGAUUCCGGACUUGGAGCACUAUUUAAAUCAUCCAAUCAGAAAACAUUACCUCGUGAAGAAUCUUCCAGUUGCUAUACGCAAUACUCUUUUGCAUGCGAGGAAAUAUAUAUUCAAUAUCCACGAUACAAUAACUAGAUUGGGCUACAUUGGUCUAGUGCAGUUUGGUCCGCAGCGGCUAAAAGACAAAGAUCAAGUAUUUAUCUACAUGAACCGGCGCACAGAAUUGAUGGACACAACCUCUUCAGCGGCAGGCUAUCACAAAAUCGAGGAUAAAACAUAUCCGGUGACUAAAUAUUUCUUCGAUCGCACACAGGUCGUUGAAACAUACUGGUGUGAUAUGUGGUCUAUUUGUGUUAAUACACAUCUUGGUGGCAGAUUGGUUGUACAUGGCAAGGAUAUUUUACUUGAAGAUUUGAGUAAAAAAACUGCUAUGAUAGAGGCGAUUGCAGCACACACGCCUAAAGAAGCUGCGGAAAGAGAUACCGGUGCGGUUCCCGGAGAUCGUAAAGGAGCGGCUGGUAUCGAUUCUGCUUUCUUUGCACAUUUGAAACGUAAUUGGAACUGGUCGAACAACUAUUAUGUACAUCAGGCCAGGAAUCAGAGAAAAUCCAGUACAGGUCAGCGAGAUCUACAUCUAUCGAAAAUUCAAGUAAAACCAGUCAAAUUUACAGAAUAUGAUGGUCUGAAGAAGGUCUCGGGACCAUUGCCGCCGCCUGUUGUCAACGCAUCUGAAUUGCGGAAGAAAAUGCGCGAUCAACUCAACAUUACUGGACGAAAAAACGAGGCCUUACCGUCGCAUCAAUCUAGCAAACAGAAAUCUUUCGUACGACGCGUAAUGCCACGGAAGCAAAGCGUACGGAAACUCAAAUAUGACGAGGACGACUAUCGUGCGAUGCAGCGAAUGAACAAAUUGCGAGUGGAGUGGGAACCACAUGAAGACAACAUUUUAUUAGUGUGUAAGGUAGCGACGACCUAUCUGUCACCGAAUCCACGCAAGCAGAUCGUCGGCUUUACAGCAGUGCGGGAUGUAUUGCGUAUGUUUUCCUGUAAUUCGCAAAAUAAGACAUCGCGCGCUUGUCAGCGUCGUUUAAUGUACAUGCUGCGACAGUCACGCACGAUGAACAGCGUCGCGCUGGGCGUCGAGGAGAUCAAGCAGGACCCAUACAUCGACAGACGAUACGGCGACGUGACGAGGAGGCUGAAGAGCGAGUGUGCAAGCUCAGCGGAAUAUGAGAAGCGAGCGACGGAGAUUUUCAAGGAACUCGUUGACUAUAUUAUUAAGAAAUAUUAUGAUAUCGCCGAAAUCAAGCCACAAAAACAUAUGAUGAUGCCAAAAACCGUUCAGGCAUUUAAUCUCCUCUUCGAAGUAGUCUAUCCGACGAAGCCACAUCAUAAUCAAGGUUUCACGAAGGAUGUACAAAGUCUGAAUGACAUUCAUUCAGCAACUCUCAAUUCUGUUAUUCAUAGUUCUAUGUGUUGUGGAAAGGAUAGGCGUUCUUGGGCUUAUCAGCUUUUCAUGGUCUACCAGAAUUAUUCAGAAACUCUUCUAAAACAAGCAAUGAAUAAGAUCAGAUCGGACCAGAUGGUGACUAUAAAAAAGCCCCACUUAGCAGCUAUUAAAAAACAUGGCAAUUACAUGCCAAUGAGUAGCUCGCAGUAUCAAUUAAGUAUCAACUAUAUGUAUAAGUUCCAGACCAAAUGGAAUUACGAAGUCUUUAAAGAAUCUUACGAUGCUUUUAUGAAAUUAUUGGAAUGGUAUUCUGAGCAUAAAAAUAUCGAUGUCUCCCAGGAACAAGAACCAAUAUUUAAUGGUAUUGAAAUCCCAGUUUCCAGCGGUAUUGUUACUGUAAUGCAUGAUCUUUUAGCACGCGGUCAAAUUGAUUUUGAUAUUGAGAUGCCGGAUCAAAUCAUUAUGUUAGAUGCGAGACAUCAAGGCAAAGAUGAGACUUAUUUUAGGAUUGCUCAAAGAUAUCAAGAUAUUUUGACAAGACUUUAUCGCUUUAAGUAUGGGAACAUUAAUGCUCACAAUGCCGGAAUUUCUGAACUUGAAACGGAAACUUUGUAUGAAAUACAGGAAGAUUCUUUGAAAAGGAAGAAAUCUGUUGAAAAUGACGAUCCUGAAGAAUCGAUGUCAAAGAUUUUUAAGACCGAGGAACAUGAAGAAAUUCAAAAAGAAAUAUCUCGGCAAAAUAAAGCUACAGCGGAGAUUCGACCAUUCGACGAAAGUGUUAAACCUGAUGAGAUGAAUUUGAAGGAUCAUUCCUCCGAGCAGAGUGGGAAGAAAGUUCGUACAAAUCGUUUAUCAAGAAAAAGAUCUGCCAACUUUGAAGAGGAUUCUACGGAUUGCGAAGAAGAAUGCUUGAAAAGAGCAAGAUUAAACUCUGAAGAUUCGAUGGAUCUCGAGGAUAUUGAUGAGAAUGAAGAAUUAAAGAUUUUUGAAGAGGACGAAGAUGAAAACAUUGAUAAAACACUUACGGAUUCCUCCAAAUCUCUCGAAACAAUAAAUGAAUUAAAAGAACAGGUGGAGGAAGAAGCUUCUUCGAUGAAACCGGACAGUUUUACCGAUAUGACUUCGGUUCCUCGACGUGUCAGUGAGAUUAUUAAAAAUAUGUUACCUGAGACGAGCUAUUUUAAUUCUUACAAGCUCAAGAAUACAAACGAUGUUCAGACGAAGUCCACUAGAAUAGACAUGUUGAGGAUGAGGAAAGAGCUAAAGGAUCUCACGAUAGCCGACAACUAUCAACACGCACACGAAUACUUCGUUGUUAAUAAUUUUAAGAUGUUCUAUAACUUAGACAUGACAUCUCUGUCGGCGGCAUCGAUAAGCGAUAUUGAGAAUUUUAAAGGUCAUUUGGUGCCCAAGGAAUUAAUACCCCUAAAACUCGAGGUUGUAAAUGAUUUUCUUGAUGAGAUAAAUCGGACUGCAAUUAUUCCAAAGAACGGUAUCUCUUACGCAAAGUAUAAAAAUGAGGCUGUGAUGAAAAAGGAAACAAUCGACUGGAAACAUGUCGACGCGGUGUAUGAAUUUGUCCAAGAGAAGAAAGAAAUAGGCGCCUGCCCACAAGAAUUGCUAGAUAGAUUCUUCGAGGAGCAAGGAGUGGAUUUGUACAAGAUCGUUUCGUUUUUAAUAGAUAAUCAUAUAUUUGUACGCUCCGGCGUUAUCAAACCGCGCUUUAUUCAUCAUCGUUUCGCCGAUUCCUGGCUAAUUCAUUCCUACAAAAUAUAUCGUCUUGAACAAGAAGCUGCAGUGCCGUUCAGGGACAGUAUAUACGCCACAAUGCAAAGACAAACUGAAACGAACGUUGAUACGGAAGAAAAUACAAAUGUCCAUACCAAAGAAGAUGAGAAUAAAAACCAUGAAGCAGAUAAUGCAAUACCAUCAACGUCAUCAGGAACGCAAGGAGAUAAGAAAGAGAAGAAAGAUGAAAAAGUGGACAAUGAUUUAAAUAACGACGAAGAUGAGAAAAAGGAAGAUAAUGAAAUCAAUGAGGAAAAUGAUACACGUACAAGAAGAAGAAAGCAGAAAACAUGUUUACUUCCACAAAAAGAUGUGUACAAAUCCGCACAGCAAUUGGAUUUUACAACGGCCGAAGAAGUAAAAGUCGCCAUAAAGCCAUGGAUACGUAUAGACGGUGUGCUGAAUCGCAAAGUCUUAGAUCGAAUGUUAGGUGCGGUUUUGAGUUACUGUUUGCUUCAUCCUGGGCUCACGAUGGCAAAGGCGCAAAGUAAAUUUGUGCCUGCCUUACAACCAUUCCAUACACGUGAAUUGCUCGAGAUGCUGAUUAAAUUGGGAUGUUUAGAGAGUAAGCUCUUGAAGAAAACGCGUGUUACUUUGUUUUCUCCACCGCCUGCGAUGAACAUCAGCGAUCUAAAUACGGAUGCCGUUGUUUGGACUGCCGAAGAUGAAAUAGUACUUGAGCCUACUACAGAUGCUACAUUAAAGUUUAGUAUAUUUUUAAGUACGAGAACGUACAAGACAGAUUUUAUGCCAUAAUUGUGUUACUUUGUUAUAUGUACAUAUAAUAGCAUAGAUAAAAAUUUACUAGUCA